AUGGUGUAUGGGAUAAUAAUUCAUUCUUCCGAAAAUGAAACAGAUUUUCAUUUUAGUUAUUAUUAUAAUGGUGAAAAUGAAGAUGAAUAUAAAUAUAUUAGACAACAGAGUAUAAUUAAGAGAGUUAUUGAAGAAAAUAAGUAUUAUGAAGAAGAUAAAGGAAAGAGUGAAAAUAUUAGUAAAAGGAACACAGAAAAAUAUUUAGAAUUAUUCAAUAUUUUUCUUUCAAAAAAUGCUAAUAAUGAAAUAAAAAUGGAUAAUGAAGGCAUUUUUAGAAUAGUUAAUCCUUCUUUAUUCAAAAAUAAAGUAAAUAUAAUGUGGAAAGUUUUGAACAAAAUUUGCUAUACUUUAAUAUUCUUCACGCAUGAAAAUAUUCUCUUGGCAGAUUAUUUCUUGUAUAAUUUUAUUUUUGUCUUAAGAGAAUAUUACGACAAGCUGAAAAAAUUUAGAAAACCAGACAUGAAUAUAUUUAAUCCUGAUGAAAUUCUAGCUAUACUUUACUAUUUUUUACCAAGAGGACAACUGAUGCUAAUUAGUUUUAACCAAACCAAAAUUCUUUAUAAUAAAGUCAAGGAGUUUCUUGAAAAUAAAGCAGAAUUACCACCAAAGAAAAGGAUCACUUAA